UCUUAUUCAUGGGAAAUAUCGACAUUUCCAAGGAAAUGACAAAUAUACCCAGUCUUCGGAUAGUGUUACUAAUAACAAGAAAGGGGAAAAGUACGGACUACAAUUAAUUUAAAGGGAUCUUACAUUCUUACUCCUCUUCAAUUUCGAUCACCGGAGUACUUCAUCGACGAAGACAAAUGACUCAAGCUUAUGGAGAGGCAUGGUAUUGGGACAAACGAUACGCAAAGGAAUCAACAGGAACUUUCGAUUGGUACCAAAAGUAUGAAUCUCUGGCGCCGCUUCUACAUCUCUACGUCCCUCCAACGACUAUUCACCGGCGAAUCCUCGUCGUCGGUUGCGGAAAUUCUUCAUUUAGUGAAGGCAUGAGCAACGAUGGUUAUACAAAUAUUGUGAAUAUUGAUAUAUCAUCAGUGGUUAUUGAAGCAAUGCAAAAGAAAUACUCUGAUUCCCCUCAUCUUAAAUAUUUUGAAAUGGAUGUUACACAUAUGAAAGCUUUUGAAGAUGGUUCUUUUGAUGCAGUUAUUGACAAAGGAACCUUGGAUUCUCUUCUGUGUGGUCACAAUUCAAAAACAAAUGCAGCCAAGAUGCUUGAUGAGGUGGAAAGGGUCUUGAAGAAGGGAGGAGUUUAUAUUCUGAUAACAUAUGGAAUUCCGGCUUAUCGACUACGUUUGUUAAGUGAAUCACAUUCAUGGGCUAUAAAGCUUCAUGUCAUAGAUAAACUUCUCCCUGGAGAAUGUUCAAAGCACGAGACGUGGGAGCUAACUUGUCCUAUUCCACUAAAUAGUGAUGGAAGCUUUAGGGAAAGUGGGCCCCUUGAGAACAUGGAUGUCCACUACAUCUAUGUUUGUACCAAGCAUGAUGAUGGUUAUAAUUUUUGA